CUGGUUUCCUCGACCGCGUUCCCCGCCACGCCCCGGCCAUGAAAUCAAUUAAAGAGUUACGUACCUGCCGAACCGUGAACACCACUCUCAGUCAUGAUAUUUCCAACCCCAUCUCUUUACUGAUUUAAUAAGUCAUAUUGAAGGAAAACCUCAGAACUCCGACCCGACAUCAUGCAUGCGACAAGAUAAUGUCAUAUGGACAAUGAGCAACUGGAAGGAACUGGGAGAAGUCCCUGAUUCUGAGGAAGAAGAUGGAUUCGAGAGCCAAGAACUACCAUCAUUACCAACGAUCACGCAGACGAAUAAGACCACCAGCGAACAAACCAACAAUCGGGAAGAUGAUAUAGCCAGCCAUGAGGAGAAGGAUGAAGAUCACGACAUCUGGGAUGUUCCCAAUUCCUCACAAGAGCCUGCGCACCCUGGUCUUUCAACAAAGACGCCUACUCGAAUACCGGAAGUAACGCCAAAGCAACCUGAAAGAAGCGACUUUCCCUCUGAUUUUUAUGAUAUCCCAUCAUCAUCGCCUCUGUCAUCAAUACACUCUGAUGCAGAUUUACCUGAUAUCGACAACUUUGACCUUCAACAACCGAGUGUUACGACCGAGCCUACGCCGUCGAAUGAAGCACAGCAAAACGCCAUUGCCAGCAAUGGAAUACCGAAUGUAGUGAUUGAACGAUCAUCACCUCCUCCAGCUCCAGAAUUCGAAAACAGCCGGAAUGUUGCGCAUCCAUCCUCAUCGCUAGUCCUCGGAGAUGACCAUGCGACAUCCAUACCCAGUCAAAUUCUGGGUACUAUUGCCGAGGAUCAGGCUGCGCAACAGAUUGCUAUUCGUUACGAACGGUCAUUUCGCCCGAGAAAGCCGAUCCAAGAGCGACCUUAUGCUAUUGAACUGUCCCGCUACUCCAAGACACUCAAGAGCCAUGGCGUUCGGCCAAUCAGACUUGCAAUGGAAGGAGAAAAGCGACGUCGACAACAGGCUGAGCAAGAUUCUUCGCAGGAUAGGGACUUUGAAGAUGAUAGCCAAGGCUCAAAUAUACCGGACAUAUCUGAUGAAAGCCAAUUGCAGGGUGUGGAGAACUUUUUCGACGGCUUGGACACACUCGAUCUGCUCUCACCUUCACCACCAAAGACGUCGCCAAUGAACGAUCGUGCUGGGCCCAGUAGUCAGGCAAGCUCGACAGGCGAUACGGAAAACACGAGCAUGGCUGGUGAUGAUCUUCCAGCUUUGCAAGAAUUACUGAGACAACCGACUACCACGACAUCGAGACAGUCUGGCAAACGAAAAUCGUCCCCGUCUCGGUCUUCCACACGGAAGCGUAAGAGAUACGAUAUUGUUGAUAGCGAUCCUCUUGAACCUGCAUCUGCUUUCAGACUUGCGCCCGGGACAACAGACUCACCUGCCGCAGCACGCAGUUCAAGACGAAACGCUGAUGACGAGAAGCCGCAACAUGAGCCUUCGGAAUCUCAAUUAGUGCCAGCCAAACAAACCGAGCCAUUUAUCAGGUUGACACAGCGACCCGCUAUCCUUAAUGUGAGUGACUCCGAGGAUGAACUCGCUGGCCCUACCACCACCCAGCAACUAGACCACGAAGAUGUUGCAUCUCAAUCUGAAUCUGAGUCAGGCUCUGAGAGUGGCUCUGAGAUUGUCAACACGGUUGGCCGUCGCAUAAGAGGAGUCCUCCCUGCAUCUUGGCUGCGGCUAGACCAGCAAGCUGGUCACAAGAAGCCCCUGAAAGACAUUCAUAAGCGAGCUGUUGCUUUUUCGCCCGAACGAGAAAUAAGACGAGGUGUAGCACAGAGGCGUAUCGUCUCGUCAAAUUCUGUCGCAAAUAUUGAGAUGUUCUUUGAAGACUCUGAUGAUGAUUCGCCCACACCUGCCUCAGCCCUGCGACAGGAAACAACUGACGAUGUAUUUCACAACCAAACUCGUUUGACUAUUGAAGAUGGGCCUAUGUCCGUUGCAGAAAUUCUGUCUGAUGAUGAAGGAUCUGUGGUCGAGGAUAACGCUAUUGACCCUAUGCUUGCUGGACGGAAACGACAAUUGAAGCUUUCGGACUCUUUUCGUGGUCCAGCAAAGCGACACAAAGGCUCCGAUGCUCAACGAAAACAAGCAGCACCCAAGGGACCCCAUCAGCCCAGAAUUACUAGCAUGCUUGCUGGGACUCGGGGCGCUUCUGUGCCUGCACCUGAGCUUGUCAAGAAAAAGUACCGUCAUCCUACAUUGAAACGCAAGUCCAAUGGAAAGAAACGGUCAACCAAGAACACCACCAACAGGUCAUAUACACCACCCCGAUUAAGUAUUCUCGACAUUGUUGAAGCAGACGCACCAAGGUUCCUCAAAAUUGCUGCGAGGUCCGCUACCCGGCGCCAAGAUAUGGGUAGGAGUAGUCCCGGUAGAAAGUUCAUCAAACUUGCUACCAGAGAGGACCAUAUUGAUGCGACAUCUGUCUUAAAUAACUGGAGGGUCGGUUCGAUCCCCCAACGCCAGUCAGUCACUGCUGCUCGAAAAGCCAAGAAAGGGACAUCCAAGCCGGGUCCUAAGCACAGGGAGACUAAGCAACCCCUACGCGAAAUAUCUGGAAAUGGCUCUUCUAUGCCACGGCGGAUGCCGAUGACCCCAGGAGCAUCUCGACGCUUGGUCAAACAAGUGAGCCAGGCAGGAUCAGUCAGGUACCAGACGGACAGUACUGGUGCGGAAACUCGGAUGAGCCAGAACGCCCGUACCAACACACCUUUCUCCCGUUCUGGCUCAGGAGUCGUGCGUCCGGCUCAACUAGAAAUGGACGAAACAGACCAGACCAGUCGCUUCUCUUUCAACGCAACCAAGAAACGUCUCGAUCGCCUGUACCGGAAGCAACGUGGUGAUCUUUCUGCUUCAAGCAUCAUGACCUUCGACCAUGAACCUGACACGUUUUACCCAGCGAGUCCACCUCCCGAACAAGAUCCAGUGCCUCUCCGAGUCGUUGAGGAACCAUCUCGAAACCUGAACAAAUCGCGGUUUCGGAAGAAGACCAAACCUCAACGCAUUGAUGUCGAGGCACCGCAGUUUAGUCGUGCGAACGACCCUAUUCCUGUCGAGAUUGCCCCAAUCUCAGAGCCGGUUCAGUCUAUCGAGGCGAAUGGGGAGAAACUUCAAGGUCUGGGGCCGUAUGGUACACAGUACACCCAUCAUUUUGAGACCUUUCCUCUGGAUUCCCGGAUCUACUUCCACGAGUCAACUCUCGUUGGAAGUGGUGUGUUUGAAUCUGCAUCAAGUGCUUCUAGCUGUCAACAUCUGCUGGAAACCCGACCACGAGUAUCGUUUAACUUUGGUGAGCAAACCCUCAGAUGGGGCCCUUGGGACUCGCAAGUGUCCUCUGAGCUGGGUAUGCUUCUCGAUUCCAUCGCAGACCAGCUCGAACACGACUCGGUAGACAAAGAAGCCCAAGACCCCAAAUUUGUAAAGAGUGCUGCCGGCUUUAUCAUGAAAUUCAUGCUGAAUUCUUUGAGCCUCACAGACCAUACACAGGCAAAGUCUUUUGUCGGUAGGGCACUUGAGGUGUUCCAAGGAUUCAAUAGCCGCAUACAAGCGGUACUGGGACGUUACGAUAACACCACACAGCCCCAGUAUCUAUGUAUUGCAAGCGUCUAUGAUUAUUUGCUUCUUGCCGCACUCUUUGUUCUGAGACUUUGCCAAAGCGAACCCUCUUUGACGAGUGAACAAUUUCAAAUGGAGGAUCUGGUGAAGAGCUUGGCCAGAACUGCCAUUACUUCACUCUCCAAGGCUGGAAUGGACAACCUCAUAAAAACCUACAGUGACCUGAAGAACUCACGGUCACGAGAGCGAGGACUGAGAGAUGACGUGCCCGCCAUUCACUCCUGGCUUAUUAACAUGAAGACCCUGGGACAUGCCCACAUUCUUCGCGCCUCAUUCUGGGAUAUUCUGUACGCUGUCAUAGCCACCCCUGAGGUUUUAGAAAGCCUUGAUGCGACUGAGCAUGAGCGCUUGUGGAAAACCAUGUUUCUUCUUCUCCCACUUACUGAGUUCAACGACAAAGGGAUCGUUGUUGCAGGUAGGAGGCAUGGUGCAGUUGUUGAUGGCUGGGCAUUACCGCAGAAACUGCUCAAGAAGGUUUUCCAGGUUUACAAGAACAACCCACGACAGUCACCAAGCUUCAAUAACUACUGUCGGGCACUCGUUGGCCGCUGUCACUACCUUGUCCAGCAAUGGGGCUGGCGCAAAUGUGUAGCCGUGAUUGGUGUCAUCUUUGACUUCUUCGGCUCGCAGGACCUCGCUCAUCUGCGCAAUGAAGAGGUGUACGCUUCGCCCAAAUUUCUGGAUGAGCUCGCAGGAAGCCCCUCGCUGUCUGUUGAUAAGGCUGACAAGUGCUUCCACAUCUUCCUCAAGCUCGUUGCGUUGAGUAUCAAGAAGUUAGGUGCCAUUGGCUCGUUGAAAGACAUCCGAAACCUGAUAGCCCGGACAAUGCCGAACCACAAUCGGCAACUCCUAAAGGAGCAGACGAUCCAGGAGCGUGAUUUGGCUGCGUUACGAAACCACCAUGAUCUGCUCUGCACCCUUUUCUGGGCUUCGCCAGCAGAACUUCGCCCAGGCGCCCAUUUGAUCGAGCGACUGGUCGCCCCCGCGAGCUCCCACAAAGAGGCGUGCUUAAUCAAUGUCAGAGCCUGGAACCAAUUGGCCAAGUUUAUCAUCGCGUCUGGAGAAGCCACAACAGCGUUCAGACCGUUCACACAGUGGCGGAACAACUUUUUCCAAUCCAUGAUGCAACAAUUCGAUUCCGUACAGUCUGAUAUGCAACAACAAGUCUUAGCCAUGUCUAAAGACGUGAGUAGCACAAUCGACCCAGACUUGAUCAAUGCUGUGGUGGCCAUGAACAAAAAGGCUACAAUGGACGUGUUGUAUGUCUCAGUGACAGCAUCAUUAGAUGUUAUGAGGCAUGCCCCCAAUUUGGAGGCUGCCACAUUUGCCUUGAAUACACUGCAACUACAACAGGUUUUCCAGCGGUCAAGUGCAUAUCCCUUGGAACUUGACUGGUCUAUUCUUCGUUCUUCCUUAUCCACCUUGGAAGUUUUCUUCUCCCGUGUCGAUGAGUUCAAGGACGACGAGGACAGUCAACAGAGCGAGAGCCAAAUCUUGAACUCGGCUCAAGCGGAUGAUGCCAUCUUGGUAAUUGAUCACGAUCUCUCCAAAGUCUUCUUUUCAAUGGCGAGAUGCAUUCUCUCUUCACAGGGAGAAAUGGGCGAAUCUCCUUCCGAAGCCGUGCAGAGAUCUCAAUGCACUGAGCAGGUCAUUACCUUAACGGCUCGACUUGCAGUAAGGUUCAUUACUGGUGGACUGUUGCGACUUGCCGAUAUGUUUAAACCGGGGAAGUAUAGCCUGUUCAAGGAGGUUCCGGCCAAACUUAACCUCGAUCAACGACGGCAUCUUGUCUUAUUCUUGACCACACUCCUCAAGCACAAUUUUGAUGAUUUCAACGAGGCAGGCUUCUCUCUUUCAGAGGUCUGGGCUUUGUCAAUUGUCAAGCCAAGGCCAUAUUUAUCGUACGAAAACCAGUUUGCGGAGCAGUUGCUGCGAAAACAGAAAGAAUUCGUCCCAGACGCAGUCAUUGGGCUUGCUAUUAACCCGGACUACAACACAAACCGAGACCUCUUCGAAUUCACUAUAUCAUGGAUGCGCAAGUCCUUACGAGAUGCUGGACCAGCACUCAAAAAGGUCAUCAUGUCGGAACACUCGAAGACACUCAAGUUGGUGAUGCAGCAGAUCAUAGGAGAUUUGCGGACGAUGUCUCGCGAUGCCUCUGAACAUUCAAGCUAUGUGGCCUUUGUUCGGGAUAUCAUUGCGCUUAUUAGAGCUCACGGCUCUGAUAUUUGCACAGUCGACAAGUAUUUCUAUCAAAUCAGUAAGGAGUAUUCGCCAUCUAUCCAGGACCCGCAACUACAAGUGGCUGGUAUGAUGUCUUAUGGGCUUCGACUGAGCGAAGGGGACACCAAGGUCACCCACCAGGUCUUCUUCUUCCUUUCUAAUAACUUCAAGAUUGCACUCAAAGACAACAAGCUUCAGGAUGAAGUUGAGCUUUUGUGCCGGGGAAUGGAGAACCCUGGUAUUCUAUCUUUCAUCCUGAACAAGAUGCUACCGGCAAUUGUCAAGGCUGCGACAGUCGAAAGUUCGAUAUACCCCAUGGUUGAGGUGUAUGCAGGAGCACUGCGAGUUCUAUUGACCCGCGAUGUAGUUCCUCGCGAGUUGGCAGAAAGCGAACUACCGCACGUAGUUGUUCUUUUACGUGCCAUUGUCAGCUUCUUUGAUCAACUCAGUGAAAAAGAUGGGCACCUCCAGGCCGAGGAAGUUCAUCUGGUUACACAGUUGUUGUCAUUGUCAAACAGCCUAUGGUCACCUCUCUAUGGUCUGUCGCUUUCUGGAAUAUCUUGCGGUCCUUGGACAGAUACUGUGCAAAUUCUCAAGCAUGUAAGGAACGGGUUGUCGAGGGCCGAAACUUAUAUCUCUGACAUGGUCGACCUUGAAGACUAUUCUGUCAGAGCAGAAACCCUCCUAUCCGGCUUUCGCCAACAGGGCAUGACAUCCCCUCAGAUUAGUGAUGGUGUCAAAAGCUUCACAGAUAAUCUUAUCAACGAUGUACGGAAACUCUGGGUUCAUACUGGAACAAGGAUCACCAUUCAAGCGCCUGGCAGAGGCCCAGGGUUUACACAGACGCAGUCUAACCAGGGAACGCCUGUACCAGUAUGGAAUGCGGAAGUUUUGGUGACUGUCCUGCACGAGGAGCUGAGGACAUGGAAUCAUUGGUGGAAUAAGGUGUUUGAUAAGGAACCAACACAAAUAGAUGUGAUUGAACCCGUCUUAGACGGUGGAAUUGCCCAAAUGCAAGGAGCCACGAUGACCUCACUAUUUGGUCUUCCAGAUGAGGUCAUAUUAACUCCUCUGUUUGAAUCAUUUCCUUGUCGAGAGCACCAGAUCCGCUCCCUAGCAACGCUGCUCCACCCCAAUGCAGCUCCUUGUCGGAACCUUGUCAUCCACGGUGCAACGGCUACAGGCAAAUCCGCCAUCACCUCUCAACUUGUCUCCGAUCUCGUCACCAAUGUCAAUAGCGAUGAAUCCUCGGGGGGUCUACAAGCUGCAAUUGUCAACUCCGUGCAAUGCAUCACAGGGCGACAUCUCUUCGAACGCAUAGUUGGCCAGGUUGCCGAGGCACUGCAGUGGGAGGAGGUGCCUCGACGGUGCGAAACGUUGGCGCAAUUAACGGUUGAGAUGGUCAAGAUGAUUCAGUAUCCAAAGAGGGAUGCGAGAUGGCGAUUUAUAUUGGUGUUGGAUGCUAUUGAUCGACAGAGGGAUGCUCCGGCCACAUUGUUACCGGCUCUGGCGAGGCUAUCAGAAAUUAUCCCAUGCCUCACCUGCGUUUUCAUAGUUACAUCUCCGCCCGCUGGCUUCCUACGGUCACCUUCGUCAGCACAUCUCCUCUUCCCUCCCUACGAAAAGAAAGAAUUUGUUCGCAUCCUUUCGCUCACGCCGCCCAAGUCGCUUGCUACAUGCACGCAGCAAGAAACCAACGAUCUCUGGACCCGAUUCUGCGCCGCCGUUUACGACUCCCUCACAAAAUCAGCGUCUCGCACAUUGCCAUCAUUCAAGCACAGCUGCCGUGCGCUUUGGCCGCGAUUCACAGCGCCCAUUCUAGCAGGAACACAUCUACCAAAAGAGUUCUCGAAGCUGCUCAUCGCAGGAAGAGUGCAUUUCCAAGAUGAGUCUUUGCUCAACCCAAGCAUUGUCUCUGUUCGACCAAAUGACAAACCUGCCGAAACCGUCGCGACGAAACCUACAGUCUCAGCAACCGAUCUCACAAACCUUCUCCCUACGACAGCUCGCCUCCUGCUCCUAUCAGCUUAUCUCGCCUCCCACAAUGCAACCCGCCAUGAUCUCACACUCUUCUCGACAUAUCAUCAUGGUCGCAAGCGCCGUCGAGGAGGUAUUGUUGCUCGCGGAGCCACACGGACGAAGCAUCGCAAGAUCGCCCGCAAACUCCUUGGCGCACACGCCUUUGUCCUCGAGCGAAUGAUGGCUAUCUUCGCCGCCAUACGAAAUGAAUGGGCAGAUGGCACUGCUGUAGGCGCUGCUGGCCUCGAUGCGGAUGUAGCUAUGGCUGUAUCGACGCUUGCGAGCUUGAGACUUUUGACACGAGUAGGAGGUGCAGGAGAUGUCAUGGAUCGGGGAGGCAAGUGGAGGAUUAAUGUUGCAUGGGAGGUGAUACGAGGAAUAGGGAGAAGCAUAGGCGUCGAGGUUGAAGAAUGGUUGAUAGAUUAAUACCCAAAGCAUAGUAGACCGGCAGGACAUCUCAAUUAAAGCAUAUAUCAAGCA